GGCAGUGAAGCGGGAUAUCGAGCAAGGAGCAGAUAUUGUUAUCGCCACUCCGGGGCGACUGAAUGAUUUUUUGGAAUUGAAAGAAAUCAGUCUACGACAAGUGACAUACCCGGUCCUAGACGAAGCAGAUCGGAUGCUGGAUAUGGGUUUUGAGCCUCAAGUCAGAAAGAUCGUGAAUGAAAUCCCGGCUAGAAGACAAACACUUACGUAUACUGCCACAGGGCCUAAGGAAGUUCGAAAAAUCGGCUGGGAAUUUGCUUGUGAGCCCCGUGCAGGUCAACAUCGGAAAUACGGAUGAUUUGUCGGCCAACAAGUCGAUCACUCAGCAUGUAGAAGUUGUUUCACCCUUUGAGAAGCAAAGGAGGUUGGAGCAGAUUUUUCGGAGUCAAGAACCAGGCUCGGAUAUGAUUGUUUUUUAUUCUACAAAACGCAUGUGUGAUCAACUUGCACGUAGUUUAGGUCGUGACUUUGGUGCAGCAGCCAUCCUUGGUGACAACUCACAGGUGAAAUGGUUCUUUCUCAGUUUAAUAUCAAAAAGUCUCCUGUAUUAGUCGCCACAGAUGUAGUAGCGAGGACUGGACAUCAAAGACAUCAGGGUGGUUAUAAAUUAUGACUUUCCCAUCGGAGUGGAGGAUUACGUCCAUCGGAUUGGAAGAACUGGUCGAGCAGGCGCCACAGGUCUAGCUCACAUGUUCUUGGCCGAGCAGGACGGGAAGUACGCGAAAGAGUUGACCAAAGUCCUCGAAGAUGCCAAUCAGAAGGUGCCUCAGGAGUUGAGAGAGGACGGGAAGUACGCGAAAGAGUUGACCAAAGUCCUCGAAGAUGCCAUUCAGAAGGUGCCUCAGGAGUCGAGUCCGCAACAGUGGACAGAUGAGGCAGAGACUUGGGAACCAGAGGAAAACGUUUCCCCUGAAGUUAUUGCAGAGUUUACUGACAGCCUGCAAAGUCAACAGAGCUGAUCUAGCAGCCCGUUAGGGACUUAGGAACAUUAACGAGGUUUAGAAGUAUAGAAUGUAAAGUUGCAACUUGGAGCGGUAAUUAGGACGGAAGGAUGUGUGACAUUUUGUCAAGAAAAGGGCCUGUCAGUCCUCCAAUCAAUAUUUAUCUUAUCGCAGUUCAAAUUCUGGCUCCUUUUAUGAUUCCUUCAGUAGACUUAGGUUUGUGAAGAAAAGCGCAAUUUAUCAGAAGACAUACAUUUUGUAAUAUUGAUAGGGUCGUGAUGGCUGGAGCAGCCGUUCCGAGAGUGGACUCAAGGAUCUCUGGACUGAGUUCGGAGGUGUGGCUUGAGUGCCAAUUGUAAUCUCGACAGUAGGGAGUCAGAGAUAUAUCUUGUACACACGACGGACAUCGCGGACACCUCAGGC